CUGGGUCGUCAUGUCUACCGCUGCUGCUCAACAAAACAAUAACGAGGAGCCCGGGCUUCACGGCUCUUGGAUAGAGCUGGAGCUGAAUGGGAACACAGGGACCCAGGCCUUGCAUGCCGUGCAGGCCAAUGUUCCAGAGACACCUGCUGAAGACCUAAUAAAUGCAAAUGCUGGCAUGAGUCAAACUCUACAGACCUUGGAAGGGGUGCCUGAGACUGAUGAAACACUGAUUGGAGGACUAGAGCAUGUGCCCUCGUCCUCCUCGAUCCACAAUGGAGAAAUGGAAAAUAUUCUCCUGGAUGCACAGCAUGAAUCCAGCCAGAAUAGCUCCUCCUGUAACAGUCCUCACAGGCCACCAAGUCCAGAUCAGGAUGAGGGUCAGAUAACUUUUGAUGUUGAGAUGCCUAGCCCAAGAGAUAGUCAGUCAGGUGACGAUAGUGCAGAGAAGGACAGAGAGGAAGACAUCCUGAUGAACAAAGAAGUAGACUGGGUCGCUGACUGGUCCAGCAGACCAGAAAACGUUCCACCAAAGGAGUUCAACUUCAGGCACCCACGACGUUCAGUAUCUCUCAGCAUUAGAAAGAGUGGGGUCAUGAAGAAAGGUGGCAUCUUCUCAGCUGAAUUCCUCAAAGUCUUCAUCCCUUCCUUACUCAUCUCGCACAUUGUCGCUCUUGGCCUCGGGGUGUACAUUGGGAAGAGAAUUGCCACAGCCUCCACCAGCUCUUAUUGAAUUGAAGAUGCAGCGGUGCCUGGACGUUCUCUUGUCUCUCUGCCAUCCUCCUGUAGUCAAGCUGUUUCUCUACAUCAAUUGUACGCCCACAUUUGACUUCAAGUCAGCAUUCAAUUCUGUCACAUUGUAGAUGUAGUUGUAGAGUUAUACACAUGAUGUAAUGUGGUUGCACUCAUCACAUUUUGACACAACAUUGAACCCAGCAGCUGUCACCAACUUCUUCCACAGUCGAUGACAGACUCUGUUGGAGCUGCAAAGUAUUAGUCAUCCUGUUCAACUAGAAAAUAUGUGACAAGAAUAGAAAAUAUGUGACAAGAAUUUGAUGUCAGGUGGCUUAAGGGUUGACGUUUUUGUCUCCAAUUUUGAUGUUAUGUCAUGAGAAAUCUGGACUUCUCCGAAGUGGCAUCUCUCCACUGUUGUCUCAGUUGGCAGAGUGUACGAACCAAAAAUAUGCGCCAUAUCCACAAUACAGCAAAUUUGAAUUGCCUCUGGGAACAGAGGGGACUUUUAUCGCCUUAACUUUUGGAGCUAAACAUUCAAGUUGCAGUUGGUGGAGGGGAAACAGAUGAUGCCGCACAGUGGGAUUCAUUUUUAAAUCCCAUAAUUUGUUGAGAAUAUAAAUUGUAUCAUGUUGACUCCUGAGGGUUUCUUUUAACCCUUGUGUUGCCUUCGGGUCAUUUUGACCCGAAUCAAUAUUACACCCUCCCCCCGCCUUCGGAUUAAUUUGACCCCAUUCAAUGUUUAAUGUCGGUGUUCUUUCGGUAGUCAACAAACAAACAUAAAGUGCCUCACACUUAAACUUGGAAAACAAUAUUAAUUCGAAUAAUUUUCUGGAGGUUUUAAUUGCUGGCGUCAAAUUGAACCCAAAGGGUAAAAUAUGUUAGUAAAUAUAAAGGUAACAGGAGGGUGAAACAUUGAAUCGGGUCAAAAUGACCCAUAGGCGGGGGGAGGGUGUAAUAUUGAUUCGGGUCAAAAUGACCCGAAGGCAACAGAAGGGUUAAAAGCUUUUUUCUUCUUUUUUUUUGAGGUUGAAAAGCUGAAACAUUGAUCUAGUGAGUAAUUCUUGCUUUUCACAUGGGGGUUGUUUGAGUAUAUUAUGAUAGAGCAACCUUGGGAUGAUGGCAAUUUACCAGGCUCUAUGCUAUUUGUAUUAUUUUUUUCCGACAUAUUUACAUAUUUACUUUAACAUAGAAAAAAUGGCAAAGUGCCACAUUUUAUCUUUCACCACUGCAUAUUGGUGAUUUAUCUUAGAUUGUUUAUUUUAUUUUCUGAUAUGUUUAGAUAUUUAAAGAUGUAGAUGUGAACAAUAAUUUAAGCUGUGAUCUACCCAAUUUAAUAGAUACUUUUUGAGAUUGUAUACUUUGUUUAUACAUUGAUAUUAUUAAUGCAUUAUCAUUAUUACCUAACUUUGUCGCAGUAUAUGUAAUGUGUUUUUGCUGUUGUUUAAUCGCUGAAGGGUCAGCAGAAACCAACACAGGAAGGUAUUUCCAGGAGCUUCAAUGAAGAGUGUUAUCUGGCUUUUAUGUUUGUUACACUGUGCAAUCAUAUCACAUUAUAUGAUACAAUAAAACGUGUCCAGUGUGUGUAGAAUUUAGAGAAAAACUGAAAGAACAUUUCCUGAUGAAAAUGCAUGUGACAUCUAUAUAUUGAUGCUGAUUGGAUGAAUGGAUAAUUCUGCUGUUGUUUAUUAAUGGAUGACAUUGAAUCAUGUGAACAUUUUCAUUCACCAUAAUAACCACAAAGUACUAGUUUGAAAGCUCUCAAGAUGCAUAUAGUCUUUAAUGCAUUAGAUAACUCCUAGUAACUCAUAAAAUACACAAGUCAUCAUAACAGGCUCAUGUACAGUUAAUCAGUAUGCAAAACAUAACAUUUUAAAUAAGGUUUGUACUAUAUACAGCAGCUGAUGUAUAAAUACAAAAAGUGGAUGGAGCUCAAUAAACCAUAGUGCAUUAUCCAAGGCACAAUAACGAAUAAAAUGGCAUAUCAUCAUUAUGGGUUCCAUACGGAGCAUUAAUUUAAUGUCGGUCAAUGUAAAUUAAUUUACAUUUUGACAUGAAUCACAAAGAAAAGAAAGUGUAAUUCCUGAAUGUCAAGGUAAGUUUUCUGAAAAGCUAAAUCACAGGUGUCACAACUCAUGGUCCUUUCGUCAUUAUCAAUAACAAUGAAAAAGAGGGGGCAACAUUGUAAAUCGAUGUGAUGCAUUUUUAGUUGCUUUCAAUCCUAUCUUUGCGUGCCUGACUAGCACAUUUCAGUCUAGUCCGUUGUGGUCCAUCUAAGAUCUGACCUUUUUAUUGCAUGGAAUUAAGUGUUGCCACUGUGUUAAGUGUUUACUUUUUGUAUCCACUUGACAUGCUGAGCGAUGUUUGUUCACAGACAGGCAGGCCCUGGUUAAUACUAAUAAUAAUGUCAAGUACUAUUUCAAAUGAUGAAGGAUCUAGGAAUUGGAUUGAAAUUCCCAUGUAAGCAUGACAUUAAAGUUCGACAUUGCUCACA